CUUUGUCUGCUCUGAAGUGCCGUCCCCGGCCUUCUCGCGGCCGUGAUGCACCUCCCUUUGCGGUGGGGUUCGGGACAUGGCAGCCAUGGAUUUCCCCCAGCACAGCCAGCACGUCUUGGCACAGCUGAACCAACAGCGGCAGCUGGGCCUGCUGUGUGACUGCACCUUCGUGGUGGACGGGGUAGACUUUAAAGCCCACAAGGCGGUGCUGGCAGCCUGCAGCGAAUACUUCAAGAUGCUCUUCGUGGACCAGAAGGACGUGGUCCACCUGGACAUCAGUAAUGCAGCAGGCCUGGGGCAGGUGCUAGAGUUCAUGUACACGGCCAAGCUGAACCUCAGCCCUGAGAAUGUGGAUGACGUGCUGGCUGUGGCCAGCUUCCUCCAGAUGCAGGACAUCAUAACAGCCUGCCACGCACUCAAGUCACUUGCUGAGCCAGCCAGCAGCCCUGGGGAGCGCACGGAGGCCUCCCUCAUGGAAGGAGGGGAAAAGAGAGCAAAAGAGAAAACUGCCACUGCCAUGCUGAGCAGGCUGGACCAGGCUGGAAGCGGCCCGCCCUCCGGCCCAGGCCGGGAGCUGAAGGAGGAGCGAGGAGGCCAGGCCGAGAGUGCAGCCAGUGGUGCAGAGCCGACAGAAAAGGCCGAUGCCCCCCGGGAACCGCCGCCUGUGGAGCUCAAGCCAGAUCCCACGAGCGGCAUGGCUGCCGCCGAAGCAGAAGCUGCUUUGUCCAAGAGCUCCGAGCAAGAAAUGGAGGUAGAGCCAGCCAGGAAGGGGGAAGAAGGAGAGGAGGAGGCGGCAGGGCCUACUGCGGUCAAGGAAGAAGGAGUCCCGCUGGAGAAUGGGGAGGCCCCUGAAGAGAGCGAGUCGGCAGGCACCGACUCUGGGCAGGAACUUGGCACUGAGGCUCGAAGUCUGCGCACGAGCUCCUAUGGCGACCGCACCGAGUCCAAGGCCUACGGCUCGGUCAUCCACAAGUGUGAGGACUGUGGCAAGGAGUUCACGCACACGGGCAACUUCAAGCGCCACAUCCGCAUCCAUACCGGCGAGAAGCCCUUCUCGUGCCAGGAGUGCAGCAAGGCUUUCUCGGACCCUGCUGCCUGCAAGGCACACGAGAAGACACACAGCCCGCUGAAGCCCUAUGGCUGCGAUGAGUGCGGCAAGAGCUACCGGCUCGUCAGCCUGCUCAACCUGCACAAGAAGCGGCACUCGGGCGAGGCGCGCUACCGCUGCGAGGAUUGCGGCAAGCUCUUCACCACCUCCGGCAACCUCAAGCGGCACCAGCUGGUGCACAGCGGCGAAAAGCCCUACCAGUGCGACUACUGCGGCCGCUCCUUCUCCGACCCCACAUCCAAGAUGCGCCACCUGGAGACACACGACACCGACAAGGAGCACAAGUGCCCGCACUGCGACAAGAAGUUCAACCAGGUGGGGAACCUGAAGGCCCACCUAAAGAUCCACAUUGCGGAUGGGCCCCUCAAGUGCCGAGAGUGCGGGAAGCAGUUCACCACCUCAGGGAACCUCAAGCGGCACCUGCGCAUCCACAGCGGGGAGAAGCCCUACGUGUGCAUCCACUGUCAGCGGCAGUUUGCCGACCCAGGGGCGCUGCAGCGGCACGUCCGGAUCCACACUGGUGAGAAGCCCUGCCAGUGUCUGAUGUGUGGCAAGGCCUUCACCCAGGCCAGCUCCCUCAUUGCCCAUGUGCGCCAGCACACUGGCGAGAAGCCCUACGUCUGCGAGCGCUGUGGCAAGAGAUUCGUCCAGUCCAGCCAGCUGGCCAAUCACAUCCGCCACCAUGACAAUAUCCGCCCACACAAAUGCAGCGUGUGUAGCAAGGCUUUUGUGAACGUGGGGGACCUGUCCAAGCACAUCAUCAUCCACACGGGAGAGAAGCCUUACCUGUGUGACAAAUGUGGGCGUGGCUUCAACCGGGUGGAUAACCUGCGCUCCCACGUGAAGACGGUGCACCAGGGCAAGGCGGGCAUCAAGAUCCUGGAGCCGGAUGAGGGCGGGGAGGUGAGCGUGGUCACUGUGGACGACAUGGUCACACUGGCCACGGAGGCACUGGCAGCCACGGCCGUCACUCAGCUCACAGUAGUACCAGUGGGGGCCGCAGUGACCGCAGAUGAAACAGAAGUCCUGAAAGCCGAGAUCAGCAAAGCCGUGAAACAAGUGCAGGAAGAAGACCCCAACACCCACAUCCUCUAUGCCUGUGACUCCUGUGGGGACAAGUUCCUGGAUGCCAACAGCUUGGCACAGCACGUGCGCAUCCACACAGCCCAGGCCCUGGUCAUGUUCCAGACAGAUGCGGAAAUCUACCAGCAGUACGGCCCGGGCAGCACAUGGCCAGCCGGGCCAGUGCUGCAGGCCGGGGAGCUGGUCUUCCGCUCUCGGGAUGGGGCUGAGGGCCAUCCUGCACUGGUGGGGACACCACCAACCGCACCCGAGUGUCCACCGCCUGCGGAGUGAACCGACAGCCCCAGCCCUUCUCCUGUUUAUUUAAGGAUGGAUGGCGCCCCACAACUGAGAAGGGUGGCCCCAUUCCCUAGAGAGAAUAAAUUUGAUUAUUUUCUAA